UGCCUCCAUGGAGCUGACAUGCCCACUUCACCAGUCUGGGCUCCAUGCCAGUGUCUCCUACACACACACACAGGCGCACACGUCUCUUGACACUCCGAGUCUCAUCUCCUCCUCAUCCCUCCCCUUCGCAGCCUCGCACUCCCUCUGUCUGCUCAUUUGCAAUGCGAGGCUCACUUAUCACACAGGCUCUCAGGCUGGGGAUGUGUGCCUGUGCUGCAGAACACCCAGCCUGCCGUAUGCUGCAAGGAGGAGGCUGUAUCUGAUGCUGCCCCCUGCCCUUUUUCUGCCUGCACAGCUCAAGGAGGGUACAACCCCUGGCUCAGUGUCUGGAUGGAGACCCAGCAAGGGCCUGAUGCUUCAGCCUGUGCAGAGCAGAGCAGAGAAGCAGGGAGCUCGGCUCUUUCUCCCCAUAGUGGCCCUUCAGAGGUGACUGUCGAGGAACCCCAACAUUCACCGGCUGUCGAAGAACAAUCCGGAAUCCUGGCACCAAAUUCUGGCCUUCUGCAGGUCACAGAAAGAAGACAGCCUCUGAGCAGUGUCUCCUCUCUUGAAGUGCACUUUGAUCUCCUAGACCUGACCGAACUCACAGAUAUGUCAGAUCAGGAACUGGCCGAAGUGUUCGCCGACUCUGAUGAUGAAAAUCCACACAAUGAGCCACUCCCAGGUCUACAGUUACCUCCUCUGCCACGUGCUGGGUAUCUACGCUCUCCAUCUUGGACCCGAUCACGCGCAGAGAGGGAGAAGAAGCAUCUCAGUGACUCAGAACUGCAAGGAGGCCUGCUGGACAAGUUUCUUGCUAUAGAGAGAUCCAAAGAGAAUUAAAAAACAAGCCUUUACCCCAACUCAAACUGGUCCCUGCUGCCCUCUUAUCAUUCAUAUCAGGGAACGGACCACAGAAAGUGCCAAGACCAUAGCUCUCAAAACUGAAUUAGCUACAGAGACCCUCGUGAUGCUGCCCAUAGACUUCACAGAGAAUAGAAUCUGGGUCCAGAGUCCUACUCCUAAUACUUCCUUGCAGCACAAGGAACCUUUAGUAGAGGAGCUGGAAGUAACGUGGACGAUCAGUAACUGCACUAGUAUAGGUGACAUUGUAAAAUGACCAGCUAUGUAAUAAGUUCAAUAGCAAGACAUCAGAGAACCGUAGUACAACCCAACCAAUGGAUUGUCCUUCAACACCAUUCCCUGCCCUAUGAUAUACUUGGUGCUCAGAGAUUGAUGACUACUCAAAGGAGAUCAUGUAAGAAGAAGCCAAGACUUAGUACUCAAAAAUGCUUUGUUUGGGUCUAUACCAGCAGAUGCAGAUUGGUAAGAAAGUAAAGAACCCAGCCCAUAAUGGUGGAACAUCCAUGAGAUCUGCCAUCAUGCCACCCCUCUCCCAAAAGACAAAAAGAGAGGAGCACACUUAAAGAUGGUAGUGCACAGCUUUUGGGACUAAUUCCAGUUGACAUAACGUCUUUCAUAAGCACAGAGUUCCCCCUGCAGCCUUAAGUACACCUCAUCUACCACAUCUUUAAAUACCUUUAACGGCCCCCUGCUGAGUCAAAGUCUUGCCACGAAACAUUUGUGGAUCGUGUUGGUGGUCAGAUGCAGUACAUAAGCAGUUUGUCAGAUAGUCCUCACAUCAUGUGAAAGAAGCAGCGUUCCAAUGUGUAUUCCAAAGUUCAGGUGACCACUUUCGUUUCGUUACUUUGGUGACACUUUUGCACUUUAAAAUCACAUGAAGUGGCUGCGCCCCACAGCGAAGAGAUUUCUCCUUCAAGGUCCCCUGCGAGGGGAGGUUCACGGCACUUAAGGGGUUUGUCGUUGAUGGUUUUAGAUGGUUCUGUUGUUUGCAACAUGUUGCAUUAAAUUAUUUCUCAACCACAAGAUUA